AUGGAAAACAGGUACAAUCCCAGGCACAGAGGAGGGAUGGUCGCCCCUCCCCACCGCGGGCCUAACCAGCACUACCCCAGACCCGCCGGCCCGCACUACCCCAGACCUGCUGGCCAGCACCACCACAGACCCGCUGGCCCCCAAGUCUUCUAUGCUGUCUCUCAGGAAGAAGCCCACCACCUGAAACAGCAGAACUACCACCUGAACCUUCGCAUUCAGGAGCUCACCGCUGAAAACGAGCAGCACUCGCUCAAGAUGGUGAGCGCCAAAGCGAGGAUCGGCCAGCUGCAGGAGCUCCUGCGGGAAGCAAAGAAGGAGCUAGAGGACGAACGCCAGCAGAAUGAGGCGAGAGUCUCCGUCCUCCAAAAGCAGCUGGAAGACAACAUGCAGCUGCAGGGGCAGACGAAAGCCCUCGACAAGGUAGGAGAGGAGGGGCAGAAGGACGAAAAACAGCUCGAACAGAAGGACAAAGAGCUGCAAGAGCUGAAGAUGGUUCUGGAGGAGCAGCUAGAGGAAGUCCUUCUAGACCAACAAGUGCUCGAGCAGAAGGACAAAAGCCUGCAAAAAGAGGUCCUUCUUGAAAAGGAGACAAAAGACUCAGAGAAAGUGGAGAUGGAGGAGUACAAGAAUCUCGAGCAACAAAAAAAUCAGGUGGAGGAGGAGAAUAAAAGACUCCAGGAAAAUAAUCAAAAACUGGAGGAAGAAAAGAAUCAGAUAGAGGAGGAGAAUGAAAGACUCCAGGAAAAGAAUCAAGAACUGGAGGAAGAAAAGAAUCAGAUGGAGGAGGAGAAUCAAGAGCUCCAGGGAAAGAAUCAAGAACUGGAGCUGGAAAAGAUUCAGAUGGAGGAGGAGAAUCAAGAGCUCCAGGGAAAGAAUCAAGAACUGGAGCUGGAAAAGAUUCAGAUGGAGGAGGAGAAUCAAGAGCUCCAGCUGAAGAAUCAAGAACUGGAGAUAGAAAAGAAUCAGCUGGAGGUGAGCAAUAUGACCCUCCUCUACGAGACUAAAGACCUGAAGGAGCUCGUAGAUCUCUUUGUGGAGAACAAAAAGCUGAUGGAGGAGAGAGCACAGCUGGACGACAGAAACAAAGAGCUGCAGGAAGACAAGACCGAACUGCAGCAUGCGUUUCAAGACCUGGGGGAGAAAAAGAAAACAAAGAAAAAGGCGGGCUGUUUUAGGUGGUUGUUCAGAAAGUAG